AUGGUCAAUGCUGAUGAUUCCGUAUGCUGCAACUAUGAAUCUACAAUAUACGGACCUCCAAUGAAAGUGUCAACGACCCCUCUUAUUGCUGGACAGAAGAAUAUCAUGCUUAAUAUUACUGGUGUAUUUGAGCAAGAUAUCAUUACAGAAACCAAAGUUUAUAUUGAAUUAGUCGCUAAUGAUUAUUCUUCUUCUGAACACUCUGCCCCUACUGUGUAUUCUGAUAAUCUGCAAAUUUGUAAAAACAACGUUCCGUGUCCAGUCCCGGCUGGAAAAUACGUUGAAGUAUUGGUGGCACUUAAAAUACCGGAUGAUAUCGCCGUUCAAAAUCUUGAUAUUUUAUCUUAUAUUGGAUAUGUAGCCAAUAAUAAUGUUUUUGUUAUUUACGGCUGUUCCGGAAAGUGGUCUUCCUAG